UGUCAUGAAAAGAAAAAAAGAACAAAGAAACAAAAAAAAAUCUUUUUUGAAUUCAAAAGAAUUUUAUAGAAUUUUGUUUAUAUGGAAGAUUAUAACAAAAGAAUAAUUAUCCCGCAUUCCUUUUGGAUCUACAUUGCGAAAUUAAUUGAUACAAGAUCAUCCGCAGCAGAUUUUAAGAUUUUAUUUGUUUAAAUUAUGUCGAGGAUUGAAAAACGAAAGCAGCCGCAAUAAUGGUUAGGCCAUAAUUCCCAAAAGCUAAAAAAAAGUUCUACAAGUGAUAAUUUGUAUGGGCCGGAAUAGAGCUGGAAACUGGAUGACUAACGAAUGCGCCGAAAAGAAACAAAUAGAAUAAGCGAGGGAAUACAAUUCUACAAAAAAAAAAAACGAAGAAACGAAAAACAGAAAAUGCCAACAUAAAUAAUGAAGCAGCGACAGCAAAAAACUUUACAAAAAUGUUGUUACUUUUACGGACAAAAAUUAAAAUGAAACUAAUUUGCAAAAAAUCCCAGGCAGUUUAAGCAAAAUUUUUGCUUGUUGUUUGAAAAAAGGAGAACAACGACCACAACACUAAUGGCUUUAACAAAAGAGUCGGCCAUCCACAAGAUAUCUGCUAAGAAGGCCCUAAAAAUAUAAAUCUACAAGGCAGUAACAAAAAAAAAAACGGAAAAUUACUUAAAAAAUUAAAAAGAGGCAAAACGACAAACGUAUAUUUCAGUUCAAGAGCAAAAAAGAAACCACCAAUUGAAUUAGAGUUAAGGACGGAGAGAAAGAGUUAAAAAAGGAUUUUAAAAGGCGUUACCUUGCCAUUUGGUUUUUUUUCGUUUUGUUCAUCUGCUUGCCCUGCCAUUAGACAAGUUGAACUUGGUCUAUCAUUUUUUUUGUGGUUUACUGGUGUCGUAUGAAGGUUAAGGCGACAACAACAGCAUUAACUUGGCUGUUGCCGCCGAAAACCAGGAUGACCAGGAUGAUGAGAAUGUCGACAUCAAUGUGCCGUGGACAAGUGAAAAAUUUGCCUGCAGAUGACCAAAGACAGACGUCAGAAGUUCUUCAUCCAAGACGGCUGCUGCCGCAGCAGCUUCGUGGGCAAGGUGAAAAAGCCACAUCAACCAGAUGCAACAUGGCAACAACAGCGGUGCAAACGUUAUCAUUUACAGGUCUAGCUUCAUCAACAUCGCCAUCACCACCACCAUCUGAGCAGCCAGAAGCCACUGAUGUCUGGGCCAUGGCAAAAAGUGUUGAUGAUUCUGGGGAAAAACUCGGGAACAGCAUGACAAAUCAAGCGGCAGAUUUUCACGAUACAACAACGCAAUUUUACAACAACAAUGAUAAUGAUGAUGUUUUUACAAUGCGAAGAGCGGCAACAACAACAACGCAUUGUCAAACAUUUUCGCCCAGAGAUCUUAGCCAUGAUGACGUUGCUGUGGCUGCCACCACUAAUGAUGAUCAUAGCCAAGAAGUUCAUAUGCCAUUAUUUGUAAAUAGUUUAUCAUCAUUACAAAAAGCUCCGGCUUCACGACCAAGAGGGCGGAGGUCCACACCAUUGGCCAUGGAGAACAAAGAGGAACUUUCAAAAGACUGUAUUACCAACAAGGAGGGCCAUCAACGCCAUAGCCAUCAUCGAAAUCAUCAGCGACAAAAAGAAGAGGAACACCACCGCCACCACCAGCCUUGCAAUCACCACCAGCCACAAACAAGGCCACAAAGACAACCUCUUUCCAUGUUAACACCAUUACCACCAAGCAGCUAUAUCUUGGCCAUAUUGUUGUGGCUAACAGCCUCAGCUAUCGCCUCCUCCGCCUCCACAGCCAGCAACACAUUAACAAAUCAUCACCUCAACCAACAGCCAUCACAAAGUAUUAGUUUUGUCCAGCCCCCACAAACGAUGCUACCUCCAAAGGACCUCUACACAUUUCUGGCUACGAAUCCUGGCCGCCAUGCCUAUACCUCAGCAUUUCCACGGCGUCGGACAGCAGAUGGCGGCGGCGCAACCAUGGGACAAAUGCAAUCGCGAGCAGUGGAUACCCGGGUCCAGUUUGAGGUGUUGGAGGGCCAGCCCAAGGGCACAGUGGUGGGUUUUAUCCCUACCCGGCCGGAUUUCACUUAUCGCUUCAAUGAGCCACCCCGAGAAUUUACCCUGGACCAGGUGACAGGAGAAAUUAAAACCAACAUGGUUCUGGAUCGUGAAGGCAUGCGGGAACGUUACGAUUUGGUGGUACUCUCCUCUCAGCCCACCUAUCCCAUAGAGGUACGCAUCACGGUCUUGGAUAUCAACGAUAAUGCUCCCGAAUUCCCCGAGCCCAGUAUAGCUGUAUCCUUUUCCGAAAGUGCAGCCAAGGGUACCAGUUGCCUGCUGGAUGCAGCCACCGAUUUGGAUCUGGGCAUAAACAGUGUUAGCAAAAAUUAUUCCAUUGUUGAUGGCAACAUAGAUAAUAAAUUUAGCCUGGCCGUAACCUCAAAUCCUGGGGGUGAUGUUAUGUAUCUGCAUUUGGAAACGACGGGAGAUUUGGAUCGCGAAACCCGUUCCAUGUAUCGUCUGAAUAUCUCGGCCGUGGAUGGUGGAAAUCCUCCAAAAUAUGGUUUCCUGCAGGUUAAUGUGACCAUUAUUGAUGUCAAUGAUAAUCCGCCGGUUUUUGAUCACAGUGACUACAUUGUGUCGCUAAAUGAGUCGGUGACUCCAGGCAGCACGGUGUUACAGGUCAUGGCAACGGACAAGGAUUUGGGAGAUAACAGCAAAAUCACCUACUAUUUGGCGGAAACGGAGACCCAGUUUACAGUGGAUCCAGAGACGGGAGUGAUUUCCACAACGGAACAUUUGAAUUGUCCCCAGCAGACCUGUCCCACAUUUUCCAAGCCUGGAGGUAGCUGUCCCAAGAGCUGUGUUUUCACCGUUUUUGCUAGAGAUCAUGGAUCCCCACGCCAAGAUGGCCGGGCUUAUGUCACGGUAAAUUUGUUGGACACCAAUGAUCAUGAUCCCGUGAUACGUUUCCAAUAUUUCCCCGCCACUGGAUCCUUUGCCACGGUCGAUGAAAAUGCCCUUAAUGGCAGUGUUGUGGCUGCCGUCUCCGUGGUGGACAUGGAUGAGGGUUUAAAUGGAGAAACAUCGAUUAUGAUCACGGCGGGUAAUGAAUUGGGUCACUUUCGUUUGGAAAAGACCCCCUCAUUUGAUAUUGUCAGGGUCAAUGGGGUAUUGGAUCGGGAGGAGAUUGGAAAAUAUAAUCUCACAGUGGUGGCCACAGAUAAGGGGACACCAUCGCGCACCGCCACAGCCUAUUUGAUAAUCCAUGUGAAUGAUGUCAAUGACCAUGAACCGGUGUUUGAGAAAUCGGAAUACACGGCCAUAUUGAGUGAAUUGGCCCCUCCCGGCUCCUUUGUGGCCUCCAUUGCGGCCACGGAUGAGGACACCGGGGUGAAUGCCUUGAUUUUUUAUGAUUUCGUUUCGGGCAACAAUAAUCAAUGGUUUGCCAUUGAUUCGGCCACAGGGCUGAUAACCACCCAAUCGGCAUUGGAUCGUGAGGUAGAAGGUUCGGUGGAAUUGAGUAUUUCGGCCCGUGACGGUGGCCCCAAUCCCAAAUGGGCCUAUACCCAACUCAAGGUCACCAUACUUGAUGAGAACGAUGAGGCACCUCAGUUCACCCAACCCCACAUCAAUGUCAGCUUGAGCGAAGCAACCCCCGUACAUAGCUUAAUUGCCAUGUUAACCGCCAAUGAUCACGAUCAGGGCACCAAUGGUUCAGUGACUUAUACGCUGGCCAGCGUAAGCGAACGACGCUAUCCCGAACAAUUCCAGCUAGACACACUCACAGGCCAAUUAACAACGAAAAAAGCACUAGAUCGUGAAUUACAGGCGAAUUAUGAAAUUUUAGUAAUCGCACGUGAUCAGGGUACACCGCCGAAAUCAUCGACGGCCACGGUGUAUCUGCACAUAGAAGAUGUCAACGAUAAUGCACCAGAAUUUUAUCCGAAAAUGUAUUUUCAUGCGUUGGCGUUGCCAAGUCGGCAAGACAAUGCGGCAGGAACAACAACAACAGCUACUGGUAGCAGUGGUGGUGGUGGUGGCGGUGCUACUGCUGUCUCCUCGCCAGAUCUUGACAUUGUAAACAUGCUGCAGAGGCCAUUAUUAAAAGUUUCUGCUACCGAUCGUGAUGAGGGUGAUAAUGCCUUAAUUACUUAUACCUUAAAUACAGGUGGUGAUGGUUUAUUUGUUGUCGAUGCCUGGUCAGGUUCGAUCAUGUUCAGCUCUAAGGUUAUAAAAGCAGCCACGACAUCCACAGCCGCCACCUCCACCUCCACCUCCAACCGAGAUGAUAUUUUACAUCAUUUUACAAAGCCCUUGUACAAGCUGCACAUAACAGCCAAAGAUCGUGGUGAAAGGCAAAGCGAACAAGAUGCUGUGGUGGAGAUAAUAAUGCAGGAAAAAUUGCAAACUUUGGAAUUUGAUUCGUAUUCACAGACCUAUGAAUUCCAGCUAAGCGAAGACAAUGGAAACGAUGCCAACAAUAAUGGUGCUAAUGGUGGUGGUGGCGCCCAAUUGUUUCGAGAAGUGGGCCAGGUACAAGUCAAGCCACAACAGCAAUCAGCCUCUCCGGAAAAUUUGGAAUACUCGAUUGUCUUUGGGGAUCCGGAGGAGAAUUUUGCGAUCAAUAAAAAGACGGGCAUGAUCACCACCAACAAGGCCAUAGAUCGGGAGCAAAGGAAUCAAUAUCAAUUGGAAGUGGUGGCCCGAAGAGGCUUGGCCUAUGGCAAAUGUUUGGUACAUAUUGGUAUAUUGGAUGUGAAUGAUAAUCGCCCCAUCUUCGCCCUGGACAGAGACGAUGAAAUAACUUUGAGGGAAAAUGCCGCUGUGGGCCAGGAGGUGUAUAUAGCCCGGGCCAGGGAUCGUGAUUCGGGAAACAAUAGUCGAAUAACCUAUACUCUCACUUUCAAUCCGGAUAUGUUAUUUCGCAUUGGACCCUCGACGGGGGUAAUAUAUUUACAAAAACCCUUGAAAGCGGAACCAGGAACCUCGCUGCAAUUGGAGCUGACGGCCACGGAUCAUGGCAGACCCCCUUUGGCGAAUAAGCACACCAUAACCAUAAUUAUUACGGAUGUCAAUGAUCACACGCCUGUGUUCGAUAGCACGUCCUAUGAAACAUCUCUGCUAGAAUCCACUCGAGUCAAUGAGCGAUUCUUCUCGGUCAAGGCCCAUGACCGGGAUUUGGAAUUGAAUAGCCGCCUGUCCUACGAAAUCAUUGAGGGAAACUUGGCUCAAAAAUUUGGCAUAUUCCCGGAUGGUUACCUCUUUGUACGCUCACCCCUGGAUCGCGAGGAAAAAGACUACUAUGCCCUGACCGUGAAAUGCCAUGAUGCCGGAGAGCCGCAAAGAACAGCCGAAGUGCCCGUCAUCAUACAUGUCAUCGAUGAAAAUGAUAAUGCCCCGCAGUUUAGCAAUAGCUCAUUUACUUUUAGCCUACCGGAAAAUGAACCAGCCGAUGCCUUUGUGGGUAAACUGACGGCCACCGACAAGGAUAUUGGACGUAAUGCUGAGUUGAUUUUUACCCUCGCCUCUCCCAUCAAGGAAUUUACCAUAGAUUCGCGUAACGGGUUCAUUAAGGCGCUACAGCCCUUUGAUCGUGAGGAGCUGAUACAGAGAAUGCCCUCAAGUGCCAUUGGUGGCCAGUUAGCGGGUUAUCAAAAUUUCAUACUCCUCGAGGCCAUUGUGGCCGACAAUGGCACACCACGUCUCAAGGAUAAGGUGAAAAUCAAGAUCAUUAUAACCGAUGUCAAUGAUAAUGCCCCGGAAUUCGUGAGGGCUCCCUAUAGGGUGCAGAUUUCUGAAGGUUCCCUGGUGGGGACACAGAUAAUGAGGGUAUACACAAACGAUCUUGAUGAGGGCCUCAAUGGCGAUGUUUACUACUCCAUUGUGAAGGGUAAUCAGGAAGGUCGAUUUACCAUCGAUGAUGCCACGGGCCAGCUGUCCUUGGCUCGAAAACUGGAUCGGGAAUAUCAAGAUGAAUACCAGCUAUUGGUUAUGGCCAAAGAUGCUGCCAUUGAGGGCCAACAGCUGAACUCCACCACCACUGUGACCAUUGAAGUGCUCGAUGAAAAUGAUGAGGCGCCGAAAUUUGUCGACACCCUGAAGGAAAUAAUCGUACUGGAAACAUCUCUGGUGGGUACGGAGCUAAUGCGUUUCAAGGCCCUGGACUCCGAUUUGGGUAUUAACUCUCAAAUAUCCUUCUCUUUGACGGCGGGGAAUCGCAAGGAUACCUUUCACAUUGAUUCCUACAGUGGUAUACUCUAUCUACACAAACCCCUGGAUUAUGAGGAGACCACGGUAUAUCAUUUGAAUAUCACAGCCUCAGAUGGUGGUUCGCCAAGGCUUUCGAGUACCAUUAUUUUUACCGUUAAUGUUCAGGAUGAAAAUGACAAUCCGCCAAGCUUUCCCAACACCGCCAUUGUCAGGCAAAUUAAAGAGGGCAUAGAUUUGAGAACACCUAUUGUCACGGUGACCGCGGAGGAUCCCGAUUCAGAUCUCAAUGGAAAUGUGACGUAUAGCAUUGCAAAACAAGACCCAGAGCUACCGGGAGGACGUCAUUUUGGCAUUAACACACAAACCGGCGUGAUACAUACCCUACGGGAAAUUGAUCGCGAAACCAUUGACACAUUUCGCCUCACCGUUGUGGCCACCGAUCAGGCCCAGCCACCGGAAAUGCAAUUGUCGGCCGAGAAACUUGUUACCGUUAUCGUGGAGGACAUCAACGAUAAUGCCCCCGUGUUUGUUUCAAUGAAUGCUGCCAUUUUGCCCUCGAAAAAUCAGCAAAUGUAUGCCCAAAAUCGUGAUGGAGCUCUUGUCAUGCAGGUUCAUGCCACCGAUGCGGAUUCAUCGAGCAAUGGCAUUGUGACCUAUGAACAUGUUUUCGGUCACAUGGAUCUAUUUAAACUGCAUCGCAAUACGGGAGCCAUUACCCUCCGUAAACCUAUUGCCAAACCGGAGGUACGUUACAAACUCUCGCUAAAGGCCACCGAUGAAGCGGUGCAAAGUGAACGCAAAAGUUCCGAUGCCUAUAUCACAAUUAUCGCCACAAGUUCCUCGGGCGUUAUGGGACCGGUAUUCGAUCAGUUGGAACAAAGUGGUUCGGUUUAUGAAAAUGAACCGAUCGGAACAAGUAUUUUAACGGUUAGUGCUCGUCUAAAUUCGGCGGAAAUUGAAUAUUAUGUUACGAACAUAACGGCGGUGAAUACGGGCGCGUCAUCGGUGUCUGGUGAUUUUUCGGAUACGAAAAUGUUGGUAAAUGAACGUCUCUUCGAUAUUGACACAAGAUUGGGAAUACUAUCAACGGCCAAGGAAUUGGAUCGUGAAGCAGGCGCUGAUACCUAUGAAGUGGAGGUGUAUGCCAUAGCAUUGGGCGGUAGUCCCAGGACCACAAGUACUAAGCUCAAAGUUAUGAUUUUGGAUAAGAACGACAGUCCUCCCGUAUUUCGUGAUCUACCAUUGUCAUUUAAUGUAAGCGAAGAUUUGACAGCUGGCCACUUAAUUGCCACCAUACGUGCCAGCGAUCCCGACACAUUGGGCACUUUGACAUUUUCUCUAAUGGGCGGCGAUAAUGGCAAGUUUUUGCUUGAACCCGAAACGGGAAAACUGCGCCUAAAGGAUGCCUUAGAUCGUGAACUGAAGGACAAUUAUAAGUUGCGUGUACGUGUCAGCGAUGGGGUACAGCACACGGAGACGGUGGUGGAAAUUGAGGUGACCGACACAAAUGACAAUCCACCGGCAUUUGAUGUGCCCGUUUAUUCAUUUGAUAUACCCGAGAACGCCCCACGUGGUUAUCAGGUUGGCAUCAUAACUGCCACAGAUCCAGAUUUGGGCAAUAAUGCUGUGGUCACGUACACUGUCAUAUCGGAGUGGGCCAACGAUGUGUUCAGCUUGAAUCCACAAACGGGCGUUCUGACGUUAACAGCCCGUUUGGAUUAUGAAGAGAUACAACAUUACAUUCUGCUCGUGCAAGCCCAGGACAAUGGCCAGCCAAGUUUAUCCAAUGCCAUAACGGUGUACUGUAAUGUUAUGGACCUGAACGAUAAUCCGCCAGUGUUUGAUCCCAUGAGCUAUUCAAUGGAGAUUUAUGAGAAUGUUUCAAUUGGAACACCUGUUGUGACGGUAAUGGCCACAGAUAUUGAUUCAGGUGAUAACGGUCGCAUCGAAUAUACGAUUACAUCGGGCGAUGAUAAUAAUGAUUUUGAAAUAUUUUCAAACGGUACCAUACGUACCAAACGCAUGUUGGAUCGCGAAACAAAAAGUUCGUACAAUUUAAUUGUAACCGCAAGAGAUUGUGCCAAAGAAUUUCCUAUGAUGUACGACGACUACCACGAUGAUGAUGAUGAUGGCUACGAUGGUGAUCACUACCAGGAUGAUGACUAUGAUGGAGCACCAGCAUCUCAUCAGUACCGGCUGAGAAGUCAGCAACAACAACAACAGCAAAAACAACAACGGUAUCCAUCAAUGCCAUACAAUUUACCACGUCAGCGUCGCCAGUAUUUGCAAUACCAACAACAACAGCAGCAGUUGCUACAAAACCAGCAGCAAAUUGCCGGUCUAAGCCCAGAGCCUCAACAACGUUUAUCAUCGACUGUCCAGGUCACAAUUAUCCUAAAAGAUGUCAACGAUGAAGCCCCGAUCUUUGUUAGCUCCAAUUAUACAGAAAUCCUGGAAAACAUUCCCCUCAACACGGUAGUAAUGGUGGUGAAGGCUGUCGAUCGUGAUGAAGGCAAAAAUGGUUAUAUCGAAUAUUCACUGGACGGCAGUGGUAGUGGUGAGAGCCACGUGCCCUUUAGCCUGGGUCCCGUGGAUGGUCUACUACGAGUCUCUGGUAAAUUGGAUCGUGAAACCCAAACCUCCUACCUACUAAAUAUUACAGCACGUGAUCGUGGAGAACCGCCGAAAAUGACUCAAAGUCAGCUGUAUGUGCGAGUACUGGACGAGAAUGAUAAUGCUCCGAUAUUCGAUCCGAAACAAUAUACAGCCUCAGUGGCGGAGAAUGCCAGCAUUGGUGCCAUGGUCCUACAGGUAUCUGCCACAGAUAUUGAUGAUGGAGCCAAUGGCCGUGUGCGUUAUUCCAUUGUGGCUGGUGAUGAGAAUCGUGAUUUUAUGAUUAGCGAAGAUUCGGGAAUAGUGAGAGUAUCGAAAAAUCUCAACUAUGAAAGGAAGUCACGCUAUGUCCUUUCCGUUAAGGCUGAAGAUUCCGCCGCGGAUUUAGGUUUGGCCUAUGAAAAUGAAAAAGGUCGCCAAAAGCUGACACAUUUAUUUGAGAAUCGUUAUGAUUUGGCCGAAAUGGUCAUUGUGAUCACGGACAUCAAUGACAAUCCACCGACAUUUUUGGACUCACCCUAUGUGGCAUAUGUCAUGGAAAAUGUUGUGCCACCCAAUGGCGGCUAUGUCCUCAGUGUCCAGGCCUAUGAUGCGGAUACGCCACCGUUUAAUUCAUUGGUUCGCUAUUUUCUCAAAGAAGGUGAUACGGAUCUGUUUCGCAUAAAUGCUUCGACGGGUGAAAUAUCGCUGCUGCGUUCAUUGGAUCGUGAGGCCAAGGCGGAAUAUACCCUGACGCUGGUUGCCAUGGAUACUGGUUCUCCACCUCUCACGGGGACGGGUGUGGUACAAGUCAUCGUGCAAGAUGUCAACGAUCAUAGUCCGGAAUUUGAGCGGCAGUCAUAUUAUGCCACCAUACAAGAAAACUUAGCGAUAGGGACAAAAGUUCUACAGCCCCAUGCCUUCGACAAGGAUGCAGGACUCAAUGCGAAAAUACGUUUUACCCUCCUAGGAGAGAAAUUGGAAAGAUUCCAUUGCAAUUCCGAGACAGGAGAAAUAACCACGGCCAGUGUGUUAGAUCGCGAGGAGACAGCUGUGUAUUUCCUAACCCUCAUGGCCCAGGACAGUUCGGCCACAGAGCCAAGAGCCACCGCCGUCAAUUUGACCAUAACCGUCAGCGAUGUAAAUGAUAAUAUGCCACGAUUUGAGGCGAAUCAGUUUCAUGUGAAUAUUCCCGAUAAAACGGGACUCAAUGAGUUUGUUUUCGGGGCCUGGGCCAGGGAUGCUGAUGAGGGUUUGAAUUCCCUGGUCAUGUACAACAUCAGUGGCAAGGAUGUGCAGUAUUUCCAAAUCAAUGCCAAGACGGGAGUUAUAAAAAGCCAAAAGUCGUUGGGUUCAGAUUUAAAUCGCCAAUACUCUUUGACCAUUCAUGCCUAUGAUCAGGGUGUGCCAUCGAAAUCUUCACAGGCAGAGUUAAUGAUAUCACUGAAGCCGGCUGCAUCUUUUCCCACCUUUAAUUACAUGGCCAAUACCCAGUUUAUGUUGUCAGAAGACAUAGAGCCAGGCAAGAGGAUAACCACAAUAAUGGGAAGUUCCCCCAAAAAGGGAGCGGCGGGAAGUAUACGCUAUUCCAUUGCCGGGGGAAAUUUGGGGGAGGCGGUUCGCAUUGAUGCCUCGAGUGGUGUGGUAACCAUUGGCAAAGAUGGUUUGGAUUAUGAGCUGGCCUCGCAAUAUGAAAUUUGGCUGGAGGCCUUGGAUUCGGAUCGCAUACCCUUGAGGAGUGUAAUGCUGCUGACCAUCAAUGUCACCGAUGCCAAUGACAAUGCUCCCGUGAUGGAGAAGUUAAUAUACAACACGGAAAUUAUGGAAGAAGAAUCUCCGCCACAGACCAUUGUUAGAUUGAAGGCCCAUGAUCGGGAUUCGGGCGUUAAUGGUGAAGUGAGCUAUCGCCUGUUGGAUGACUUUGAGGGUACCUUUGAAAUUGAUGCAGACUCGGGAGAGAUUUACACAACCAUGCGUUUGGAUCGUGAGGAGAUUAGCCGUUAUGAACUCUCCGUGGUGGCGGUGGAUCAAGGCAUGCCCCAGUUGACGGGCUCCGCCACGGUGAUCAUAAAUCUUUUGGAUAAAAACGAUAAUCCUCCAAAAUUCACGCGGCUGUUUUCCGUAAAUGUCACCGAAAAUGCUGAGAUUGGUAGCUUUGUUAUACAAGUCACCUCCAUGGAUCUGGAUCAGGGCAUCAAUGCCAAUGCCUUGUAUACUUUGACCGAAAAUCCGGGAGAAAAAUUCCAUUUGGAUUCGUUGAGCGGCAAUAUCACAGUGGCAGGGCAUAUUGAUCGCGAGGAGCAGGAUGAAUAUAUUUUGAAAAUAACAGCCUCGGAUGGGGCCUGGCGUUCGGAUACUCCCAUAACCAUAACAAUACAGGAUCAAAAUGAUAAUGCCCCAGAAUUUGAUCACACAUUUUAUAGUUUCAAUUUCCCGGAGCUUCAGAGGUCUGUGGCCUUUGUGGGCCAGGUGGUGGCCAACGAUAGGGAUAAACAUGGUCCAAAUUCGGUGAUUUCCUAUUCGCUGCAACAACCCUCGGAUGUUUUUACCAUCGACCCGGCCACGGGAGAGAUAUUUAGCAAAAAGUCGAUAAAAUACAAACAUUCCCAAUAUGAGGCCUCACCGGAAAACACCUAUACCCUGACUGUAUUGGCCACUGAUAAUGGCAAACCACCUCUCUACUCGGAAUGCAUGGUCAACAUAAACAUCGUAGAUGCCAACAAUCAUCCACCGAAGUUUGAAAAGGAUCUUUAUCUCUCCCCGGUUCCCGAGCAUGCCCGGGUUGGACAACGAGUGGUAAGGGUUCAAGCUCAUGAUUCCCUGGAUACUGGAGUCAAUGCCGAGAUCCACUACUCAUUUACCUCGGGUAAUGGCACGGAGUACUUUAGCAUUGGACAACAUGAUGGUUGGAUUUCGCUGGCCAAGUCACUGGAAGUGGCGCCCAAUACACAUUUCUCGCUAACCAUAAAGGCAGCCGAUCAUGGGGUGCCCUCGAAAAGUGAUGAGGCUCAGGUACAGAUAAUUGUCACCGGCGAAAAUCAUUUUGCUCCGGAAUUCACCGCCCUUAGCUAUCAGGUUAUUGUGCCAGAAAAUGAACCAAUUGGUUCCACAAUCUUAACUGUCACUGCCUCCGAUCGAGAUGAGGGACCCAAUGGCAUGUUACGUUAUGCCAUUGCUGGAGGCAAUGAACGUUCCGAAUUCAAAGUAGAUCCUGAAAGUGGAGCUGUCAUUAUCCUGGAACCCUUGGACUAUGAUUCCAUCCAAGAAUAUCAUUUGAAUAUUUCAGUGCAGGACUUGGGUUUCAAACCCAAGACAGCCAUUGCCCAGCUGACGGUCAUACUAACGGAUAUCAAUGACAACCCACCGUUGUUCAAUCAAAGAGAAUACCAUGCUUUUAUAUCGGAAAACCGACCACCCCAGUCGUUUGUCUUCAAGGCCCAGGCCAAGGAUAGAGAUUCUCCCAAGAAUGCCAUUAUUCGUUAUUCCAUCAAUGGAGGUUCGGGAAAAAACUACUUUGCCAUCAACCCUUCAACGGGUGUCAUAACCUCCUCGGUGAGUUUUGACUAUGAGGAAAGGCGGGAAUACACCCUCGAAAUUAUGGCCGCCAAUCCGGACUCUCCAAUGCACAGCAUGUGUCGUAUCCUGGUGCAUAUACGUGGUGUGAAUGAGUUCUAUCCUCAAUUUAUACAGCCUGUAUUUCAUUUCGAUGUCUCCGAAUCGGCCGAGAUGGGCACAGCCGUGGGCUCCAUACAGGCCACCGAUAAAGAUGCCGGAGAAGAUGGAAAUGUCUAUUAUCUUCUGGUUGGUUCCAGCAACGAUAAGGGUUUUGCCAUCAAUCCCAACACUGGAUUCAUUUAUGUCUCACGUCACCUGGAUCGGGAGACCCAAAGUCGUGCGGUACUCACGGUAUUGGCCAAAAAUUAUGGCAGCAUACGGGGCAAUGAUACAGAUGAGGCCCAGGUUAUUAUCUCCAUUCAAGAUGGCAAUGAUCCACCGGAAUUCUUGAAAUCUCUCUACACCGCGAAGAUAUCAGAGGCUGUCAAUGUGGGCACCAAGGUGACCACCGUCAAGGCCGUGGACAAGGAUGUGCGACCGCAGAACAAUCAGUUUAGCUACUCCAUUAUUGGAGGAAAUAUAAAUCAGACCUUUAAAGUUGAUCCCCAGUCGGGUGAAAUUGAGACGGCCCGACAUUUGGAUCGUGAGCAGAUUCCGGAAUACAAUUUGGUGGUGGGAGCCAUUGAUACGGGACUGCCGGCUCAGACUGGAACCACAUUGGUGAGGGUUGAACUUCUCGAUGUUAAUGAUAAUGGUCCAACCUUCCCGCCAGAGGGUCUAGUUGGCUAUAUCCAAGAAAAUGAACCAGCUGGAAGUAGUAUUAUGACCCUCUCCGCCACUGAUCCCGAUCUGCCGCCCAAUGGUGGACCCUUCACCUAUCAAUUGAUUGGAGGCAAGCACAAAUCUUUCAUCACCGUCGACAAACAUUCGGGUCUGGUGAAAUCCACACGUAGUUUUGAUCGCGAACAAACCCCCGAACUUGAGGCCAUCAUUGAGGUAGAAGAUAAUGGCCAGCCUAAGCAAAAGGCCCAACAUAAGUUGCAGAUACGAGUGUUGGAUCAAAAUGACAGCCCCUCGUCAUCACGCACGGUGCAUGUCAUACUCAACGUUUUCAAUGACGAUAUGCCGGUGGGCAAGAUUGCCGAUGUCCAUCCCAAUGAUCCGGACAUUAGUGGCAAUUAUCGUUGCCGCAUCAUACCCAACAGCCAGUCAAGUCCAAUGGGUCUGCUGACCAUACCGCAAGCCUGCGAUUUGCACACAACUUAUCAGACCUCGGUUAAUAAUGGUUACUCCUAUUCCGUAUCCGGCAACGAUGGCAAACAUGGUGAUGUGGUGUCCACGGUCACGGUGGGUUUCCAAAGUUUCGACAACAGUACCAUUGCCAAUUCCAUAACCAUACUGGUACGCAACAUGACUGCAGAGAAUUUCCUGGCCACACACUAUCGGCAAUUUGUGGAGACUUUGAAGUCGGCUAUAGACUCCUCGGAUGAUUUGAUGGUCUACAGUGUCCACAACACCACCAGCAGCAUGAACUCCACAGAUCUGGAAGUUUUGGUGGCCCUGAAAAUGUCCAACCAAGGUUAUCGUCUGCCGCACUAUGUUGUCGAACGUUUGGCCAAGAAACGUGAAGUUCUGCAGAGGCUAAUGCAAACCACCUCCUCGUCGUCGGUGGUGAUUGGUUUCGAUCCCUGUUCCAUGGCCAAGGCCUGUGAUAAUGGUGGCCUAUGUACCUCAGAGAGGCGUCUGCAUGAUGUACACUCUUUGAACAUAGUGGACAGUGAGUCGUUGAUCUUCAGCGGUCCCUUGGUUACCCAUGAUUUUGUGUGCAAAUGUCCAGAUGGUUUUAUGGGUCAACAAUGUGACAAACGUCAGGAUCCUUGCUCACCCAAUCCCUGCCAUGGCAAUUCGCAAUGUCGACGUUUGGGAUUUGAUUUCCAAUGUGUGUGUCCAGUGAAUCGUGAGGGUCGCUAUUGCCAACAGGAGCGGGGAGAUGUCUGCUCCGGCAAUCCAUGUGGCAAUGGUGGCUCAUGUCGUUCCAGUCCUGAUGGCUCGUCCUUCUUUUGCCUCUGCCGCCCUGGAUAUCGUGGUAAUCAAUGUGAACAUGCCACCGAUUCCUGUCGUCCCAACCCCUGCCAUUAUGGAGGCGUGUGUGUGGCCCUUAAGCCGGGCUACAAAUGCAACUGUCCUGAGGGACGUUAUGGCAGGCAUUGUGAACGUACUACCUAUGGUUUUGGUGAUCUCUCCUACAUGACAUUCCCCUCGCUGGAUGCGGCCACCAAUGACAUCUCGAUUGUUUUUGCCACCACCAAACCGGAUGCUUUGCUGAUGUAUAACUAUGGCAUACAGUCGGGUGGCAGAUCCGAUUUUGUGGCUAUUGAAGUGGUGCGUGGGAAGGCCUUCUUUUCGUUUGGAGGUGUAAGGACAGCCAUCACAACGGUGGUGGUGGGUGGCAAUACCCAUUUGAAUUUGGCGGAUGGCAAUUGGCAUAAGGUAACGGCCACGCGAAAUGGUCGAGUCAUGUCGCUGAGUGUGGCCAAGUGCACGGAGAACGGAGACAGCUGUGAUGAGUGUCGGCUCGGAGAUUCCACAUGCUAUGCCGAUGAUGUGGGACCAAUUGGGACCCUAAACUUCAACAAACAACCUUUGCUGCUGGGAGGCUUGAUAUCUGCCGACCCAGUGCUAGAACGUCCCGGUCAGAUACACAGCGAUGACUUGGUGGGAUGUGUCCAUAGCGUCUCCAUUAAUGGUCGGGCUCUCAACCUCAGUCAACCCCUAAAGCAGCGAGGUAUUUCCUCCAGCUGUAAACACAAUUUACAGGGUGGCCUAUGUUCCGUCGGGCCUUACAGUGAUCCGGCAACCUCCAUGUGUGGUUUCCUUGGUACUUGUGUGGAUAGAUGGGAUGCGGCGAUGUGUGAAUGUGGUGCAGAGCUAAUGGCGCCCAAUUGUCAAAACGCCCUGGAACCCAUCAGUUUGGCAGAUGGUGGCUUUGUGGAGUUUCAAAUUUCCGAAAAACAUCGACGCAUGCAAUUACUGGAUAAUCUCUAUGCUGGCAAUAGCAUAUGGUCGUAUGACGUCACUAGGCAACGGAGAUUCACCAUUGAACGCAACAAUUUUACAGCCUUGGCCCAAGUCAGUGAGACGCCCAAGAGUCUCAGUCUUAUGUUCCGUACCUUUAAGGAGAAUGGCCUCAUUCUUUUCGCUGCCACUAAUAAUCAGUAUACCUCCUUGGAAUUGCUGAAUGGAAAAAUAUCAUACUACUCCAAUCAAGAUUCCGUGGUCAAUAUAACCAUUAACAAUAGCAACAAACUCAACGAUGGCAAAUGGCAUAACCUCACUUUGCAUACGAGUAAUAGGAUUCUACGUUUCAUAAUUGAUGGCUCGCGGGCCGGAGAGGAAUUGGACUACGCUGGCGUCCAUGAUUAUUUGGAUCCCUAUCUGACGGUUCUCUCUGUGGGUGGUGCAAGGAAAGAAUAUCUCCAGGCGGAUCACAUGGCCACCAGCUAUGAGGGAUGUUUGGCCAAUUUCACCAUCAACAAUGAAAUUCAACCCUUCAAUGGCACUGGCAGUGUCUUCGGUGAUGUCCAUGUUCAUGGCAAGGUGUCCCAUGGCUGUGUGGGUGUUAUGGGCAUUGGUGCGGCCCAGGUGGCCGAUCCCAUUAGCAUUGGUGUAACCUUGGUCAUUGUGUUCUUUGUCAUCUUGGUUGUGGCCAUUUUGGGUUCAUACAUCAUUUACAGGUUCCGUGGAAAGCAGGAGAAAAUCGGCAGUCUCAGUUGCGGAGUGCCGGGUUUCAAAAUAAAACACAACUCCCCGGCCACCAUGCUGGGUGGUUCAGGUGGCUCACAAAAUCAAGCCGACCAUGUCCUAUCGCGUGGCAUGCAUUCCGAAGCCCAGGUGGGUUAUCACAAUGAUGGCGGCGAUCUAAUACGUGGCGUUCCCGGUCACCACAUGGUGGGUCCGGAGUUGAUUUCCAAAAAAUUCAAAGAACGUGAAAUCAAUCCCGGAGAUCAUCAGCAGCAACGACCUCAGCGCCCCGACAUCAUUGAAAGAGAGGUGGUGAGUAAAAGUCCCAUGCGCGAUGAACAUCAUCCUCCCAUACCGCCACCUAGUCAAACCCAUCAUCCCCAUGAUCAUGUCGGGUCCGUGGACAUGAAUUCGGAAUAUUUGGAACAUUACGAUUUGGAAAAUGCCAGUUCCAUAGCUCCCUCGGACAUUGACAUUGUUUAUCACUAUAAAGGCUAUCGCGAGGCAGGUGGGGUGCGUAAAUACAAAGCCACUCCCGCCCCUGUGGCCAGUUAUACCCAUCACAAACAUCAAUCGGCGGCCCAGCAACAACAACAUCGCCACUCACCCAGACAUGGUGUGGGUGGUCCAUUUGCACCCAGAGGAGUUCCACCACAGGCUGCUCAGCCACCACCACCCUCAAGUACACCCAGGCAACAUCAAAGUACCCCCCUGGCAAGGCUGUCACCCAGCUCAGAGCUAAGCUCACAACAGCCAAGAAUUUUAACGCUCCACGAUAUAUCUGGGAAACCUCUGCAAAGUGCCCUUCUGGCCACCACCUCCAGUUCGGGAGGAGUGGGCAAAGAUGCCCUGCACAGCAAUAGUGAGAGGAGCCUCAACAGUCCUGUGAUGUCCCAGCUAUCGGGACAAAGUUCAAGUGCCAGUCGCCAAAAGCCUGUGGUAUCAGCACAAACCACAGCCCAAACCUCUAUGGGCCUCACAGCCGAGGAAAUUGAACGCCUCAAUGGAAGGCCUAGGACCUCCAGUCUAGUUUCCACCCUUGAUGCUGUCUCCUCGAGCAGUGAAGCUCCCCGUGGUACUGUGGGUGCCCAUCACCUAUCGCUGGGCGGUGGCCUACACAGUACCGAUGUGGAUGCCCACAGCUCAACGUCCACCGAUGAGAGUGGCAAUGACAGCUUUACCUGCUCCGAAAUAGAGUAUGACAACAAUAGCAUCAAUGGCGAUGCCAAAUAUUCGACCAGUAAAAGCAUAUCCGAUGAAAGGAAUCCUGUCAGUCGCGCCAUGAGUGGAGAUGGCAGCCGUGGUCCCAGCGUGGCCAAACCGCCUCCUAUGCCACCACAUUCAUUCGAUGGCUUCGAUUCUUCCUUUCGUGGUUCACUCAGUACUCUAGUUGCCAGCGAUGAUGAUAUGUCAACGCAUAUGGGAGCCCUUUACCGUCAGGCGAACAGUGCCGCUUCACCAUCAGCACCACCACCCAUUGGUUGGGAAUAUCUGGUGAAUUGGGGACCAAAUAUCCAAAGCAUUGUGGGAGUAUUCAAGGACAUAGCCGAAAUGCCAGACUCGGUGAGGGGAGACCAGAGGCCAACGGGAUCGUUGAGAAUGCAACAGCAACAACAGCAGAAACAGUCGGAGGAAUAUGUAUGAUGGAGAUAGAGACAUUUGUGAGAGAGCGAGAGGGAGAGAGAGAACGAAAGAGAGAUUGAUUGUGUAUGAUUUGAGGUAUUUUAAGUUAAAGGGAGCAAAAGAGAGAGAGAGAGAGAGAGAGAGAGAACUAAAGAUUGAUUUGAGUGAUUUAAAGAGUCAUAAAGUAAUUGCUGUAAAAAUUAAUGAGAUAAGUCAUAAGAGAGUUUGUUGGAACAUAGAAGAGGGCGUGAGAGCCAAAGUGGGUAAUGCAAUAAAGGAAUUAACUUUAGCCACAUUUUCCAAAUAAUACAGCUACAGUAUCUACGUUAUCCAAUAUAUCUAGACAAUUAACAGUGAUUUUAUAAAUUUGUUCCAGCUAU